UAUAUAUUUGAAGAGUUAACUAAACAGCACUUUCUACUUCUAAAUAUAAAUAUUUUCCAAGCAGUGACUGUCAUUUACACCCUUAAAUAGACCCUAUCACUUUCCAUUGCAAAUCCCAGCUAACGGAUAUAAUAUGCACAUCAUUUGCAUAACGUUUUAUUAGGGGCCAAGCAGAGAAGCUGCAAGGCCAAUUAUUUUGUUUCUACCUUUUCUUCUUCUACCUUUUCUUCUUCUUGUGGAUCUUCUUCUCCUGUUGGAUUCUAUGACAGCUGCUAGAAUCGUAUGGUCAAGUUGUAACAGUUUGUAUUCUCCUUGGGUACAGUCCCUGGAUUCUUUUUACCAAGUUUAAUUCUUGUGCCUUGAGCACUCUAGUGCCACCAAUGGGUCAAAGUUGGAGGUGCGUUUAAGCACGUGACGUUUGAGCCUUAAGUUGUAUUUUCACAAAUGAGGUACCAUUGGAUUCCCUAGAUCAAGCCAAGUUCAUUAUGGAUUAUGUGACCUCAAUUUCUGCCAUAUUGUAUUUUCCCGCUGUAUUGAACUUUAUGAAAAAGCAUCGCAAUAUUCACAUGACACUGAAUUUGGCACUGAUAAUCUUCAAGCAAUGCCUCGCAAAAUGUAUCAGAUGUAUUUUAGAUUUUCAAAACCGUUUACCAGUUACAUCCAAUCAAAAUCUCCGGCAAAGCCCCCAAACAGGAAAUGAGAUCAUAUCUCAGCAACUUUUUGAUGCAUUGACACCAAACUUGGUAUAUGUACUCAGAACCCUUUUCUGAUGAUGUAUACAUGUUUUGUUGUGUGUUGUUUGACCUGCUGGACUGCUUGGCCCCCUAAUUGCUGCUUGCAGCUAUAUUUAUGUUUGUUGCACUCUGGGUGGGGGAAGUACAGCUGUCCAAUUGGCAACAGGGAAAAGGGUUCUGCUGGUGUCUUAUUACAGAGUUAGGUUAACUUUUAACCGCCUGUAUGGGCAGGAUAAAGGGGGACCCCAAUAGGGAGCCUCUGCAGAAUCUUUCGGGCUGAGUUAUUGGCUAAGUUUAGAAAGGUGCAAGCAGAAACAGAGAUCAGGGUUGUCCAAGGGCAGCUAAGGAAUAUUAAGAUUCAGGGGUUGUUGCUGUGAUACAGUCCACGAAAGUCGUAACUCAGACAUGACUCGUUACUGUAGUAUGUUGCGUCGCUGGCUCUCUCAUGACAGCCAGGGCGAGGAGGCUGACAAGGAGGAAGGCACAGCCCAGCAGGACAGCGUGGAGCUGGCAGAGCAGCUGAAGGGGAUCGUGACUCGACUGUUCAGCGAGCAGGGGUUCUACCUGCAGAUGAGGCCAAACGGCACCGUCAACGGGAACAAAGACGAGAACAGCGACUACACCCUGUUUAACCUCAUCCCAGUGGGUUUGAGGGUGGUGGCCAUACAGGGGGUGAAGGCUGGACUCUACCUGGCUAUGAAUGGAGAGGGCUUCCUCUACACCUCAGAAGUGUUUACAGCCGAGUGUAAAUUCAAGGAGUCUGUGUUUGAGAAUUACUACGUCAUCUAUUCAUCAACGCUGUUCCGGCAACACGAAUCUGGCCGGGCCUGGUUCUUGGGCCUCAACAAGGAUGGUAUUGUGAUGAAGGGAAACCGGGUGAAAAAGACCAAACCAUGCUCACACUUUGUACCCAGACCCAUUGAAGUUUGCAUGUACAAAGAACCGUCGCUGCAUGAAAUUGAGGAGAAGCAACGCUCGCGCAGAGACUCAGGAAGUCCCACUAUGAACGGCGGCAAAGUGGUGGGCCAGGACUGCACAGAGCAAGACGGCUCAUAGCCUGUGGAACACCCCUGAAGGUGAACAAUUCUAACACCGUGUUCAGUAACAAAACCAACCACAAGAAUGAAACAAGAAUCCUUGCCUGUGAAAUAUUUUAGUUAAAAAAUAUGAAAAUAUUUUAAGUCAGGACAUGGAUUUUAUGCAAAAGCCUGCUGAGUGACUCCAGGAAGUUCAUUCUAUUUCAAGCCAAACUUUACUUUCCCCCCCCCCCCCCAUGUCAGAAUUUCACCAGUUGUUUUAUAUAUACAGAAUAUAUAUUAUAAAUGGCACUUUCACAUGCUUUUUGUGUUGUUGAAAUGAGAAGUAAUAAUACUAAUGAUAUUUAUGAAGACUUUUUUUUCGAUCGUGGUUCGACAGUAUCAUUGUCGAGUUGGAGAGAGGUUCUGUAAAAGCUGAGAAAAAAACUAAGGGUGUGGGGGGGUCUUAACAGACUGUGCAAUCGGAGUGGGCUAACGAGAGUUCCAUGUAACUACACUUAAUGCUGCCACCAAAUCCUGAGAUCCAUGUAAGUUAACUUCAGAAAUUAAGAGCAAAGUGGAUGUUAUGAGGCUAUCCUUGGGAGGGGGGGUGUGGGUGAGGGGGGUGUGGGUGAGGGGAGGUGGGGGUGAAGGGGUCACACAGUCCAAGCAGCUGAAAGACACAACGUCGACUUCCAUCCAUGACAUCUAGGUUGUCUCUGGUGCAGCCAUUCUGUCCAGCCCUCUGAUAGUCACAACCUCUGUAUUGGAGAACCUAGAUGAACCUAGAUGCCACAUAGUGGCGAUGGUGUACGGAGCUGAGGGCCUUUACUGAGACUGACAAAUGUGGUGUCGGAGUCUGGGUAGUCAAGGCAACGGGAGACACGUGCACGAUUCUAAGGGUUCACAAAGUUUUACCUCGCUACAGUAUAGAUAAAACUUUGCGAUAAAAGCUGGGCUGCUUGUUCCGUUCUCACUGUAGAGGUUGUUAUACUUUUGAAAGCAGAAUCAUCACAUUGAACUCAGCCUUGAGAUAUGAAUGUGGAAAGUCAGUCUAUGAUGAUGGACAUUGAGGGAUUUGGGCAAACAGGAGUUCAAUGUAACUAUACUUAACGCUGCCACCAAAUCUCAAGAUCCAUGUACAGUAACUUUAGAAAUUAGCCUGGAGCUACAUUCAUUUCUAUGUAAACCAUGCAGUGCUCUGUUAGAAUCACAGACUGCUUUCUCAACCAUUUAUGCAAUCUAUAAUUGUUUGAGACUCAGCAUUUCUGUGUGAUAAAUUGCACUGCUGGGAAAAUUUAUACACUGCCCUAACACAUGUAGACUUGUCAUCCACUGCUGGGAUUAUGCACUGCCAUUUAUUAUAUUGUCUCUAAGUGUCCAUAUUAUAUAUUAUAGAGAUUCAGUUAAUUUCACUCACAAAAUAUAUGUUUGAGACCUUUCAGCUAGAGUAAAGUGCUCCUUAAGGAUGUGUUUACUGCGGUGUGCGUUCCCACCUAGGAUUGGGUGAUAGGUGAUGUGUGAUGGCUGAUUUGACUUUUAAUUGGUACCUACUCCACUAAGUAGCUGAAUGAACAUCACAAUACACCAUACUGCCUCAAGAGAAGUCUUCCAUUGUGGAAACGACACCAGCACUAAUCGAGAAGAUGGGCAGCAUUUUUGUGAGUUAAUCUUCAUAAUAGUUGGUAAAUGCAAAGAGCUCAACCUGUGUGUGUUGGGCGUUUACCUGGUUUAGGAGAGAGGCCCUCUCUUACUGGAUGGUAAAAGGUUCCUUAUGUAAAUAGUAUUUCGCAAACCUGGACUUUGUGUUCACAAAAAAUGUUCAUCUUUAUUGGAACAUUUCAUAUGAAUCAUCUUAGACCAACAGAUCAAUGAUCAGUAAAUAUGCAGGAUGAAAAAGAGAAAUGAAGAUAAUGGAAUAAAUGGAAUACAAACACAGA